UUACAAAAAUAUUCUCGCUCUUUCUCUCUCGUUUAUUGUCUUGUCAUUUUAUGCUCCUUUUAGUCCCGAUAAAUUAUUUUUUAUCGUUAGACUGUCCUAUUAGAAAUCAGAUACGUGGGGGAGAGAGAUUGUUUAUUGCCGAACAAACUCCGUGAGUUGCUUUUCUUUGCGUGUCUUGUUUAUAUCUCUUCACUGGGACAAGACAUAAAGAGUUUAACAUUGAAUCAGUUGUUUGAUUGGUGGUUUUGGUUAAGUUUCGCAUCGGAUUUUGAUUUAUAGAGAUAAAAUAAGGAGUUAAUGGGCAGUAAGAGAACAGAGGAGAAGAAGAAGGAGAAAGGAGUUCUGCAAUUGGGGAAUUACGAGUUAGGAAGGACUCUUGGAGAGGGAAAUUUUGCCAAAGUUAAGUUGGCUAAUAACCUCCAUUCCGGUCUCCCUUUCGCUGUUAAGAUCCUUGACAAGUCCAAACUCAUUCAACUCAACAUCACCGAUCAGAUAAAGAGAGAAAUCGCAACCUUGAAGCUGCUCAGACAUCCUAACGUGGUGCGGUUACAUGAGGUCAUGGCAAGCAAAACCAAGAUUUACAUGGUCCUAGAAUACGCAACUGGGGGGGAAUUGUUUGACAGAAUUGCAUCCAAAGGGAAGCUUUCAGAAGAUGAAGGAAGAAAGUUCUUCCAGCAGUUAAUUGAUGGUGUUAGUUACUGUCACAACAAAGGUGUUUUCCAUAGAGAUCUUAAGCUCGAAAAUGUUCUUAUUGAUGCAAAAGGGAACAUAAAGAUAUCUGAUUUUGGCCUCAGUGCAUUGCCUCAACAUAUUAGGGAGGAUGGCUUACUGCAUACAACAUGUGGAAGUCCUAACUAUGUGGCUCCGGAGAUUCUCGCUAAUAGAGGCUAUGAUGGUGCCACUUCAGACAUUUGGUCAUGUGGGGUCAUCUUAUAUGUAAUUCUCACCGGCUAUCUUCCUUUCGAUGAUAGAAACCUUGCAGUUCUCUAUCAGAAGAUUUUCAAAGGGGAUACUCAGAUUCCUAAAUGGUUAUCAUCUGGUGCUCGGAACAUGAUAAGAAGGAUUCUUGAUCCAAACCCUGAUACCAGGAUAACAAUGGUGGGUAUUAAAGAUGAUGAAUGGUUCAAGCAAGACUAUACUCCUGCAGUACCUGAUGAUGAGGAAGAACAUAUAUACAUUGAUGAUGAAGCCCUCUCAAUGUAUGAACUGGCAUCUGAUGGAACUAGGAAUCAGGAAUCACCCACUCUUAUUAACGCUUUUCAGUUGAUAGGAAUGUCCUCAUGCCUAGACCUUUCCGGUUUCUUUGAGAAGGAGGAUGUCUCUGAAAGGAAGAUCAGAUUUACAUCCAAUCAUUCGGCUAAAGAUUUGCUUGCAAGGAUUCAACAUAUUGUGACAGAGAUGGGAUUUCGUGUCCAAAUGAACAACGGAAGGUUGAAAGCAACACAAGAACAAAGAGGCCAGAAAUGUCUUGGCAGUCUUUCAGUUGCAGCUGAGGUGUUUGAGAUAAGUCCUUCAUUGUAUGUAGUUGAAUUAAGAAAAUCAUAUGGUGAUUCUAAAGUUUAUAGACAGUUAUGUACAAAGUUAUCAAAUACCCUAGGCGUCCCUAAGGGCCAAGGGCCACUGUCCACCGAAGCUUGAAGGAUAGUUGGUGUGGUUGGCUCUAGCAACAUUCAAAGGAUGUUAGAUCUGAGCCUGACAGAGAAUUAAUAAUAAUAGUCUAUUUAUGGUACAGAUAUAGUUGUUUCCAGAAAAGAGAGAUCAAACUAAAGUUACACUCACAGGCACAUGUGUCCAAAUUGCGCAGAUAUGUGGAGGAAGCAGCAAUCUAGCCUUUUUAUAUACCACAGAUAAUGCUUUCCGCAUGUUCAUAUAUAGGGGAAUUUGUUUUAUUGAUUAAUGAAUAUAAAAUUAAAUUUAGUAAAACUCUGCAUAUUUCGCUUGCUGAAGAUCUCCCCUCUUUU